GUACAUACGGGGUGGAUGACGUACACGCCGGUGGACUAUAUAGGUUGGAAAAUAGACAGUAUAAAAGACAAAGUCGUGGCCAGGAUUUUCAUCAGUUCGCUCAAGCGAUUUCUCAGAUCGAAGAAGCUCAAGCCAACACACAACAAAAACCCCGACAAAAUGAAAUCCCUGUUCAUCCUCUUUGCCAUCGUCGCUGUUGUGGCGGCCUUCCCUGAACCCGAACGAGAACGCCGUGGACUCCUUGCCGCCCCAGCUAUCGCGCUUGCUCGUCCAGCUCUCGCUCCCGCUGUCGCCAUCGCCCCUGCUCCUAUCGCUAUCGCUGCCCCAGCGCCAGCCCUUCUAGCCGCUCCUGCCAUUGCCGCCGGGCCCUGGGCGAAAGCAUGGUAAAUCAUUAUAUUUAGUAUCCCGGCGUAACUGGACCUGAAGUAUUAUACUAUACACCGACGAUGGGAAAGGUUUUAUUUCUCGUCGUGAAAAAAAAAAUUCGAAUUCAGCGAUUGGUCACACCUGAUCAAUGUCCCCUUUCGGCCUUAAUUCUGAUCGACAAUCCCCCUGUAAUCGGCAUCAGUGAAAAUUGCACGUUCCCCCCCUUUUUCCUAUUGUAAUUUAAAUUUUACUAUCAGAUAAUAAACUUAUUUUAAAUAUUA